AUGAGGCGAUGCCAUUUGGCCGGUUACGAUUCCAGCAAAAAGCAUAUACGCCACAUUGCCAGACUUCGCUCAGAGCCUGGAUCUAUCCUGCAUUGGGCCCCAUCUCUUCCACCAUCUCAGUCAUCUCCAGCUCCCCAAACACCUCUACAAAAUAUAUUCUGUCCUGAUUCCGCCUCUCCUCACCACCGCCAUCUCUCGCCAUACAGUAAACCUCCACCUCAGUUGAGUAAUGGGCCCCAAGACCAGCCACUUCUGCUUCGAGAAUUAUGGGGAUCAAAUUCUGGGCUCUGUACUUUCAAGCUACUGCCUGAUGUUGACAUCUACCAUGAAAUCCGCGAAUCUUUAAGCAAAGGCGAUAGACCUUUCUCGUGCUGUUUGCGUCCUGAAACUGAAGAACUAGGAAUAGAAGGAGAUGGUGACGAUUUUGGCAUUGAAUGUCCAGUGCACCAACCUAUCCAUGGCCAUCUGAAGAGUUCGCCCCGACUCCGAUUUUCUCAUGCUCAGAAAAAGGCCGUUUUGUCCUGGGCCAAAGAGCUAUCAGCGCACAAUGUUCCGACGCUCCAUGCAUUGAAGAAAUGCCAAGAAAGGAUUUGCAAACUUGUAGGAAACCCAACCGAAAAGAAGACUACAAAUUCCGGUAAUGUAUUCUAUCAAAAUUCAGUCGCUCGAGUGAUUGCAAAUGACUAUUCAAACCCGAUUACAAGAUGUUCCAUGCAAGAUUACCCCGAAGAAGGCGACGGUUCCAUGUCUCAGGCUCACCAUGGAACAAAGAUGUUACAUGAUCUCCCUCCCUCCCUCGCGGCACCUUCUAUUCUCAUAAAUGGCAAGAUAUAUUCUGUUGACGAACUUCUACAACAAAGCAAUGGUGCCUAUUUUAUUCCCAAGAAAAUAUUUCAGUCUCAAGAUCAGUUAGGUAUUGUGGAGACACUAGCUAUUGGGCACUCUGUCGUUCCAUCUGAGGCCGGUUUCAUUGUGGAUCCAGAGUGCAUCAUUGCACCAACACUCACAUUUGUGCGGACAUUCAAGGAAAUUCAGGCUAAUUCGCAGGAAUUUACUGGAUUUACUGCUGGCCGUUUAGUGCUGACAGUCCCACUAAUAAUUUUCAUGGAUGAUGUGUCCGGCAAUGUAUCAAAGCAGUGGAACAAGCACCAUGUAGUGUACCUCUCUAACGCCUCAAUGCCUCGGGAGAUACUUGAGAAGGAGUUUUCUGUGCAGUUUGUUUCAUCCUCACCACAUGCUGCACCAAUGGAGUUAAUGAAAGGCGUCACUGAUUCUAUCCGUGAAGCAGCAGAUUUGGGUGUUAUUACCUGGGAUUGCAAGUAUGAGCAAGAAGUCAUGUUACUUCCUUACGUUCUAUUUGUUGCAGGAGACAACCCCAUGCACGCUGAGGAGUGUAGCCAUUCAGGACUGAAAAGUAACUUUUUUUGCAGAACGUGUAAAGUUGGCGGCACUCAAGCACAGAAAAAAACUAACGAGGGAUAUCGGAACAUAUUCAAAUGUGGGCCACCUCGGACCCCAGAAGAGACACGAGAGCAAAUCCACCGGCAAGUGGAUAGUUCCCUUGAGUCCGGUGGAACCAAUAAAGUGAAAACUGCAGCGACAACAGGGAUACGCAACAGCACUAGCGCCUCAAUUGUUCAACAAUUGCUUGCACUGGGCAAGCAAUUGCAUAAGCGUGAACCAGGGAAGCCUGCUUUACCUGAAACAGAAGUGUGCCAGCGACUCUGA